UUGUAUCUGUCGUUCUUUGUUGAAGCACCUUCUUCACUUUGAGAUUUUCGCAACUAAUUUUCUGCAAAUUUUUUUUUUGAAAAGAAGCACAGAAAUAUAAAUUAAUCCAUCUUCGUUUGGUAUUAGAGAAAAUGCAACAUUAAGAUUCAAGUAGUAGUCCAUACAUACGAAUUGGAAUAUAUAGAUUAUUAAAGAGAGAGAAAGGAAGAGCAGAUGGGGCAGGCAUUUCGUCGAGCAGCUGGAAGGAUCGGAAGCUCAGGAAUGGAAACUUCGUCGUCGCAGCUGAAGAAGCCCAUUGAGAGACCGCCACCCCCGCCGCCGGAAAUUAUAUCCGCCCAAAAUGUCGGCACCGGAGCUGAGAGCACUCCGAAAGUUAAUCUCAAAAGUGUCCUUGAAGAACGAGAUCCACAGUUUGAUGUGAUGCUUAGUCAAAUGGUUGGUAGAAUUCAUGCUAAGCCUGGAGGGAAACUUGAAAUGGGUGAGGGAUCGGUUGUGGAAAAAUAUGAUAGGCCUUUACCAAAGCUAAGGAAUACAACAACAGAGUCUAGCAGAUACGAGGGAAGGCCGGCGCCUCCAGGAACCUUAAAUGUAGCGCAGUUACGAGAAAUCAUAAUGUUGUAUCAAGGCAAAUCGAAUGAGCAUGAAGGGCCUAUGGAUGUCAACCAAAUAGCUAACAAGUUCCGAAUCGACGUUUCUCAAGUCCAAAGUAUCGUCCAGUUUGUGUCACUGCCUCCUGAGGACACCAAAGAGCAGAAGAAGUUCUGAUUUAGUUUUUGCAAAAUACUCUCAUCACAAUUUUGCAAUCAGAGAUCACAUUUUUACUAAUAAUCACAAAGCUUUUAGUGUAUGUGAACACUAACACUGUUUUGACUUUAUAUUAAUGCAAAUGAGUCUAGUGUGUGUGGAUUAUGUAUUACUAGUAAUACUCUUAGGUCUUGUAAUCCAAUCUUGAUCCUUCCCCCAGCUGAUUCACCAAGAAGGGUGAAAAUAGCAAAAUAUUUUUCACAUUGCAAGUGAAUGUAAUUGAAAAAUGUGUUCCAUUCAAACGCAUAACAUUUUACCAGUUCAGAUAUCAAACUAAA